UAUUAAAAUUUGGUGUUGGUACCUUAUUUGUACCUAAACUGUACAGUCAUCAUGCUGAGUCAAUGCUGUAACGUACGGCAGGACUAAAAUUGGAAUGAGACAGCUGCUUUUUUGUCCGAUCCUUGUUUCUCGAAUCCGACCGUCGUCCGGCCUUGACCAUUGACGACAGCAAGCGCAGCAAUACCGACACAGCGACAGCGACGAGAGUGCAUAACAGCAGUGAGCGCCCUUGAUACUGAACCAGUGCGUCGUUACUGAUGAUGGCGCGGCCGUGAUUCAGCACUGAUUCGUCGACUUGCUCCCUGGACCGUCGCUGCCACCUGUUGCCGGCUUGGUCCCAUCCGACGCUCAUCAAACUACCUUUUAUUUACAUAAAUUCUGGUCCUAUCCUCCACAUUCAAGUCCAAAUGCUCUUUUGAUUCAGUCCGACCAUGCGUCGUUUUACUUCUGUCUUCUCUUCCAAGCGCGACAAGGGCGAGUCGUCCUCUAGCAGCCAUCCUUCUCACAGUACAACCUCUCUCUCGACCGCCAAGAAGACAGUGAAGAGGGCUAAUACCUUUCAUUCUCCAGUAUCCUCUUCGACCUCGUCGUCACCCCACUUCAGUCGUGGAAGCGACAUCGCCCAUUCGUCUGCUUCGUCCUCGGGCUCUGCUAGCCUUCAGACUCCAGAUGACGUCCCAUUACCACUAGACCGGACUCCUACCAAAGGCAAAUCUUGGAUCUCAUGGCUCGGGAAAAAGCCUUCGGUCAUCAGGGUGAGGCAACCUGAAACCCAGGAAAUUAAUCGUGACUGGCGACCUUCUUGUCCGCCGCCUCUACUCCGCCAACCGCCUCCUGGAAUCAGAUCUGCUGCUCCGGUACGCAAGUCUGAAGAGACUUCAUCCGAGUCCGAUGACGACGACGACUCGUCUCUCUCCGGUCACCUCGUCAAGCCUUCCUUCCCUUCUUCUGCCGCACCUAUCUCUCGAAAAUAUCUUCACAGCCUCAUACAAAACUCUCUUGUAUAUCACCCUUCUCCCUCACCUUUUGUCCAGCUCGAUUCCCAGACUUCUCCACUUUACCCACGUUCGUGUAAUUCUCCACGUUCCCUGUCACAUCAAGAGUCCCUUCGUUCAUCAAUGCUCAAAACACACCUCUUACGGCGUUUGCUUGACCCCGCAGACCCAUUGACAGCAGCAGAGCAGGAUGCCAUACUGCCCUUUAGCCUCAAAUCACCCUCACCUCCCGUACUUAGCGGGUCUUCUUCCGACAGUGUGGAUGAAGUUGCCCUACCAAAGUCUGCCAAGGCUGUUGGUUACAGCGAAGGUCUGCGCCGUUGGAUAAACCGUCCUUGCUUUGAACACCGGUUCGUUGUUUGGAUUCGCACAGACGACGGCAUCGCACAGUGCCAGGUGACUGGGACACGUUUUGCCGUACCAGACCUCGAGUUCUCAGAGGCGCUCGAAGCUAUGACCGAUUUCAGUCAGCAGUUGUAUCAGGAGCUCUCGCUCCCAUCACCAGUGGAGCUGCCGUCCCAUGCAGUAGUACCACCUCCUCAGGCAUUGCCUGCACCGGAGCCAGCGGAGCCCGAGUCGGAGCCAGAAAUGCUGAGCCCAAGCUCAGAGGCACCGCCGCCGUCACCGUCUAGCAGCUCAUCUCAUGCAUCUCACACCACCCGAGUUGCACCAUACCUGGCCACGCCGUCACCGCUACGCAAUCAGCAUGCCGUCCUCAAAUCGACAUCGCCAGGGUCAUCUUCAGCCUCUGUACCACCGUCAUCUUCUACUCCCAUCAAACGUGGCGUCAGAUUCGCCGAAGAUGGCAAGGAGGAUCAAAUCCCCAUUGGGUAUGUCAUGCGCAUGAAGAAACAACGGGAAGCGAAGGCCAAGUUUUUGCGUGAACAGCAGGAGAAGCGGCAGUUUGAGGAGGAGAAGGCAAGAGUAGAGGAGGAAAGAAGAAAGAGAGAGCAGGAGAGGAUCGAGUGGGAGAAGGAAAGGCAAGCAUGGGAGAAAGAGAAGAGGGCUAUGGAGGAAGAGAGAAGGAAGAAAUUGUAUGCGGAAGAGCUGGCUGCAGCUAGAGUGCGGCGGGAGAACCAGCGGCACGGCGGAAGCAGCAGGGCCAUUUCGAAUUCAAGUUCGUACACGUCUUUGAGAGGUGACGGAAAUGGAUCCGAACGUAAUAGGCACGAUUCGAUGAAGCAGUUGCGGCCCACGCAUGAUCACCUGUAUGUACCACCACCACCGCGGCUACAAGGAUCGACUUCGUCACUGGUUAGUUCACGUCGGUCGAGCUUCGUUGGACAACCUACUAUGUUUUCACCUGUGCAGCAAUUUGGACAGCUACCACUUCCGGUACCUGGAUCUCGUCCUUCGUCACUAUAUUCGUCGUCAUCUGAGGACGUUGGAAUGAGUGCUAAGCGACAUACCAUGGCUUCGACCCCCAAUUACCAUAAUGUCAAUAUGUGGUCAGCUAGCAACGCGAGCCUUCUUCCGCCUGCCGGAUUCGACAUGCCCCUUCUACCGCCCACCGCACCGUUUAUGCUUCAUCAAUAUCACCCACGUCAACCGUUGCAACCGUCGUUGAGCCCUUCUCCGUCCAGGCAAGGUUUUACCCAUAGUACGGAUCGCGUCAGCCGCCCCUCCACGUAUGACAGUAGUCUUUCGAAUCGUUCGAACUCGUCGUCGCCUCACCGAGUAGUAAACCAUCAGCGUCGGUCAAGUGGAGAUCACCAACCCUCUCCGAUGCGACCUCAGCAGCAGAGGGGAAGAACGAUAGAGCCUGCUUCGUCUAAUCGCCUAUCUACUGCCUCAUCUCGAUCGAAUGUCAACCUUGGGUACACUGCUCCAAACAUACAAAGAGGGGCACCGACGAGGCGGCAGACUUCAUACUCAUGAUCACUCCUUUUGCCCCCUUAUCUCACGACAUAUCAUGCUCCAUACCCUCAUUGGGAUCUCCCAGCAACAUAUUGGUUUCCACCAGAAUUCUUUAUCCGGUUGUACGUAUCAUGACACUUCAGCAGGUUCGAUAUGCUGCCGCACACGCUCGUUAAACCUUCACUAUAUUAUCCGCCUCUCCCGCUUGGAACAUUCGAUGGUUGGUCUUAUACGUACCAACGGGAAUGUAAACCAGAUCCAAAUUGCCGACCUCCCUCCCACCUCACUUAUCUCGCUC